AUGGAGGACGAACAGAACGCCGCCCUUCACCUCGGCGGCCUCGCUCUCGGCAAUGUGCUCCGUGAUCUCGGCAUCGACGAGGACCAGCAAACCGACCUCGAACGAUUAGGUAUUGCUUCCGGAAGUGGCAGGAUCAAACAGGAGGAUAUCUACAACGACCGCUUUGCAGACGAGGACGAUGAUCUCGGCGAUGGUUAUCGCCGCAAUGGCUCUUCCACAAAAGAUUGGGAGACCGAGGUCGACGAUGAAAUGAGGCGGGAGCUCGCAAGCGAGCGUGACUCGGAGGAAAGAGCAGAGCUCGACAGAUACUACCGUCAAGGUCUCGCACAGCUCGAGCAGCCAAGAGCACCAUUAAGAGGCGAGCAAGAUGAUUUUGACGACAGCGAUGAAGCCGAAGAUGUGCCGCUUUCCCAACACACGCCUCGAGGUCAGAGCAACGGUCACUCCACCCACACCAAUGGCUUUGCUCGUUUCAGUGAAGGCAUGAUCAAGGUCAAGGAGGAACGCGACGACGACAGCGACAUGGCUUUCCUAUCGGCUCCCAUGCCAGCUUCGUCCGGCGCUGCGCCAUCUCCAUUCACCCCGCUCGCACUGCCUUCAGCCCGCGCUACCAGACACGACUCGCCGCAAACGCCGCCGCCGCCUUCCCAUCAAUCGUUCAUCGACGCAGCACCGCCUGCUCGUCCAUAUGUCGACAUGGACGAGGUGCGACAGCACUUUCCCGAUUUCGAGCCUGGCAAAAUCCUUAACUUCACCGAUCUCUUCGCCACGCGACCUCCAAAGAAACGCAAGCUUGGUUCAGCUGCUGCCAAGUUUCACAUCACUCCCGAAGACGAGCUACCCGUACCAAAGUCGACACGCGAAGAGUUGCUUCGAUCGUCUGCUUUACGUCCGCACCAUGUCAACAUCCUUCCCUCCCUUACUCGUGAGCUGGAUGGCGGCUCGGCGGGCUCUGCACAGACUGACUCGGCCAUCGACGACGUGGAAUUUGCCGUCAUCUCAACACCAGGUGUCAAGGCGGACAAACGCAACGCUGCGUUGGCACCGGUCGAGCUCGAUGAUUGGGAGGAUCGCAUUGCUUGGGACGUCCAUAUCAAGAGUCAGUCCAACAACCUUGCAGCGAUGUCAAUCGAUGACAUUGGGGAUUUGUCUUCUGUCGAGGACGACUCGUUAGCGGCACGUGCGCCACCAAAGGUGGACCAACCAUUUAAUCACGACCUUUUCCGCGGCGCUUGGACCCGCAGCAUCAUAUUUGACGCUCAUACCCCCUUCGAGGCCUUCGACAAACUCGUUCUCGACAUGAACGAUCCGCAAAUGAUGCUUGAAGAAGACCUUGGGCCAAAGACGAAGCAAAACUCCCUGCUGCGCUCCGAUGCGCCCGUGGUGUCAGCGGCAGCACAGCGCGACCUUGCACGCCGCCAAGCCGAGCUUGACCCUCUGAACCUGUCCAACGACAAGUUCUACGAGCAGACUCGCGAGCACCGCCAACGAGUGCGUCAGACGCUCGGAAAGCUCGUCGUACAACACGCCUGGCCCGCCGUCAAGCUGCAGCUGCCUUGGUACAAGACCAAGCUCACAAAAGCGGAGGCAAGAUCCUUUCAUCGUCCCGCCAUGCAGUUCCCCACCAACAUGCCCCUCCACUUCUCAAAGACCAUCUCCUCCAAAAAGAAGAAGGAAGGUGCCGGCGCACGCAAGGCAAAAGAUCCCAACGAGAUGCUCCGCACCACGCGCGAUCUGACGCUCAAGGACACAGGCCCCUUUGUGCUGUACGAAUACUCUGAAGAAUACCCACCCUUGCUCUCCAAGAUUGGUAUGGGCAGUUUGCUCGUCAACUACUACCGCAAGAAGGACGCCAAGGACGAACAUGUCCCCAAGAUGGAUAUUGGCGAGCCGUACUUGCUCGACGUCGCUGACGAGUCGCCCUUCAUGAAGUUCGGUAACAUCGAGCGAGGCCAGGUGCAGCCGACCUUGUACAACAACAUGAUCCGCGCACCGCUUUUCCGACACAAGCCAGCUCACACCGACUUCCUGCUGAUCCGAAGUACCACAAAGAACGAGAUUCGCUACUACCUGCGAGAGAUCCGCAACCUCUUUGUAGUGGGCCAGACCUAUCCUGUCCAGCCUAUUCCUGGUCCUCACGCGCGUCUCAUCACCAACAACAUCAAGUAUCGGCUACAGAUGAUCGCCUACAAGCUCAUUCAAAAGAGCCAACGCCAGCGUAUCAAGAUCCAUCGUCUGAUGCGCUACUUCCCUGACCAGAACGAGCUGCAGAUGCGACAGAGGCUCAAGGAGUUCAUGGAGUACAACCGCAAGGCCGGCGACGUUAAUCAGGGAUUCUGGAAGCUCAAGCCGCACAUUGUGGUGCCAGAAGAGGCCGAGCUGCUAAAGAUGUUGCCGCCAGAGAACAUCUGUCUCGCCGAAAGCAUGCAAGUUGGUCAACGACAUUUGCUGGAUUGCGGUUAUACCAACACCGCUGAAGGAGACGACGAUGACGAAAGCAAGAUGGACAUCGAGCAGCUGCUCGCGCCUUGGAUCACCAGCAAGAACUUCAUCAAUGCGACGCAGGGCAAAGCCAUGCUGAAGUUGCACGGUGACGGUGAUCCAACCGGCCGUGGCGAGGCUUUCAGCUUCAUCCGCGUCUCCAUGAAAGAAAUUUUCUUGCGAGCCGACGAAGAUGCGGAGGAGAGACUCGCGCAAGCUGAGGCGGAGGCGAAGAGCAAGUCGGGCCACAAGUACAGUGUGGCCGAGCAGCAGGCGGUUUAUCGAUCCGAGGUCGACCGGAUCUGGAGGGCGCAGUGUCGCUCGCUGUCGAAUCCGAUUCCGCCCAAGGUGACCGCGGAGGACGAACGUCGCGCGCUUCUGCAGGCCAACGGCGGUGUCAAGCCGGAUGCACGCAAUGGCGGACGAGACGAGUCAGUCCGACGCGAUCGAAGCCCCAGCGCCAUGAGCACGAUCAACGGCGAUGGCGAUAGAUCAACCAAAGUACUGCGCAUCCGUCGCUUCAUCAACGGCAAGUGGCAGCGCGAGAUGGUCCGCGACCCUGCCGUCAUCAACGCCUACCUCACGCAACGCAAGAAGAUCGAGGACGAGGCCAUUGCGACCGAAGAUCUGCUGCCGACAGGCGAUGCCGCCAUCGACAUGGCGCGCAUGAAGCGUUUGCAGGAGGAGCUCGCACAACGCAAGAAGAACCAAGAGCGACGUAUCCAGCGCAAGAACGCCAAGGCUGCCGCAGAAGGCCUGGCCAUUCCUGGCGGUUACAAGAGUCUGCUCAACAAGACGGAUACCAAACGACGAUGUGGUCGAUGUGGAGAGGUGGGUCACAUGUCGACCAACACGUCUUGUCCUAUGUUCCCGAAGGACGGGGGCAAGAAUGGCGCAGGCGGGGCUGCUGGUGGCAGCGGACCGGGCACACCGGGGACGCCGGCGGGCGGAGGAAGGCCAGGCAUGCCGCAUCUGGCAAGUGGCGGUGGGUUCUUUGGACCUGGCAUGGGUAUGGGAAUCGGUAUGGCGAGUGCUGGGCCGAUGACACCGAUGACUCCGGCUGCACAGACGCCGGCAGAUUCUCCAGCUCCGUCGCAGAGCCCCGCUCCGGGUAGCGGCACUCCGACACCAGGACUGAAGUUGAAGCUCAAAAAGAAGGCGUAA